AUGGCACGGACGGGACACACGGGACCUCAUCUGAAGCCCACGGCACCCGAAGGCUCAGCCCGCCCACGGCCACUCCUCGGAACCAGCUGGGACCCAACGGCCUUCAGCGUGGAGGUUGCUGCGAUUUACGCCGAGCAGGUUAAUGAGGCGCCGGAAUCUGUGAUCCUACUGCCUUCAGAGUACUUUGACCCACCAUGCGUGGAGCUAUCCCCCGGCAGGAGAGAUGAGCCCGACGCCGAAUGGCGCCAUUGCUGGUCCGUCGGGCGCUGUUGGAAAACCACAGUGGCCUACGAGCAGCUCCUCGGCAGCUGCAGCACGAGCAGCAUCAACAGCGAUGGCGCACAGCCCCAUCCCCGGCUUGCUGCCUUCAUCGGUCGGGACCCAUGGACCUCCCUCCCCGUCUUUGCCAAGCCGUCAGGGCCACCGCUGGGAAUUUUUAUCACACAAAACAAGGCCGCGAUGUAUGAAGAACACAGCGGCGCUGGCGCCAGCCACAGAAUUAGACCGUCCUUUCGCCCCCUUGCCUACAAAUGGGCCCUCCACCUCGCAUCCGCCCUCGACUAUGUCCACGCACAGGACAUCAUCCUCGGCGACCUCACCAGCGAGCACUGCUGGCUGUCCGGCAGCGGAAGCAGCUCGCUCUCGCUCUUCCUGGUCGGCUUUCUAGACGCGUGCUAUAGAGAUAAUGUCACCGGGAUAAAAUACCUCGGCGGGGCUUGCACCGGCGAGACAUUCCACCCCUUAUGCCCACUGCAGCCUCGGGAGCGGGGUGCCCGCUCCCGGGAGCCGGACAUCCAGACGGAUCUGUUCCUGUGGGGCUGUGUUGUCUAUGAAAUUAUGGUGGGGCGCUGGCCGGGCCAUGAAGUCCCGGGGAGGCCGUGGCAAGAUAUUUCGAUGAUGAUCCCCCGACAUGAGUGGCCUACGCUGGAGAGGGAGUACCUCGGACAGCUGGUGAAGGGCUGCUGGUCGGGAGAGGUCACGUCAAGCCGAAGCCUGCUGGAGCAUCUCGUCAAGUUCCUGCAGACGGAGGGCUGGCAGGUGGAGGAUGGUGACGAUUUGCAGUUUGAUCCGUCGCCACUCCUCCCUCAAGUCACUACUAGUCUACCCAGGCACCCUGAGCAGUACUAG